AGCACCUAGUGAUUUACUAGGAAAUGAAAAAUUUCUUACAAAAGAGGGCAAAAAGAGUUAAUGGAACUAUCUAAUAGAAUGCGACAGCGACUUCCUGAACUAUUUCCUGCAUCAUUUUCAAAUUCAUCAUAUAUGUUUAAAUAUACUAAAAGUCAAAGAACAGAACAAAGUGCGCAAUGGUUUGCUAAAGGCAUCUUUGGAUUAUUUAACAGCAGUCAAGUAUGGUAUCCCAGCCCUUUAUCCAAAGAUCCCAUAUUAAGGUUUUACAAAUGCUGUAAUAAAUGGAAAUUCGAUAUUGACAAAAAUCCAGAAAGUGUGAAAGAAAGAAAUAAAUUUGAAAAAAGUGAUCUUGUGAAGAAUUUAAUAAGAACCGUUACUGAGAGACUUGGUUUGCCAGUAAAUUAUUUAGAGUUUGAAGAUAUUUUCUACAUGUACUCCUAUUGCGCCUUUGAAACUGCUUGGAAUGAUGACAGAAAAGGUGCUUGGUGUUCAGUAUUCACAAUUUCUGAAUUCGAGGUUUUGGAAUAUGCAGAAGAUUUGGAAUAUUAUUGGAUUGAUGGAUACGGUUUCAACUUAACGCAUGAACAAGCUUGUGUUAUGAUAAGAGAUAUGCUUCAUUUAUUUGAUGUUGGAAUACCGCAAUCAGUUUUUUAUUUCACGCAUUCUGGAACAAUACUAAAAUUAAUUGCUCACUUGGGUUUGUAUAAAGAUGCCGAACAUUUAACCCAUGAAAUAAACCUGAUAGACAAUGGAGAGUAA